AGAGCGAUGGCUUCAUUGGACAUCGUUCCUCCGUGUAACCUCUCGCUGUCGGCGCUCGAAAACGACAGCGUCGUCGUCGGCAGCAGCAGCGCGGGAACGACGGACGUCGGCGCCGUGCCCGAGGGCCUUCCGAAGUGGUUCGCCUACCCGCUGAUCAUCGUCGGCGUCGUCAACAUCGUCGUCAACGCCGUCGUCGUGCUGGCGGUGACGCGCACGCCGUACCUGCGGGAGCCGGCGCACACGCUCAUCGCCAACCUCGCCGUCGCCGACGUCGGCCUCGGCGUGGUCGGCCUGCUGUCGCCGGCGGCGUUCGUCGUUGAUCGGCCGCCGAUGGUCGUCUGCGUCGGCCUCUUAGCCGUCGUCACCUGCUUCGCGUUCGGCUCUGUGACGACGCUCAUCGCUAUCAACGUCGAUCGCUACGUGUCCGUGUCGCGUCCGCUGCGCUACCAUCAGGUCAUGACCCCGCGCGUGGUCUCCGCCAUGAUCGCGCUCAGCUGGAGCGUCGCCAUCGUCGUCGGCGUCGUCAGUUUCGUCGAGAACAGCUGGUCCCCCGACAAGCCGUGUCUGUAUGACGUCAUCAGCGGCAAGGCGACGCUGAUGCUCGGCGUCGUCUUCGUCGCUAUCUGCGGCGUCGCCAUCGUCGUCAUCUACGCGUACAUGAUGCUCGUCGCUAGGCGACACCGACGGCGCAUCCAGCCGCUGCCGCCGCCGACGACGAGCAACGGUUCCUCCCAGCCGACUGAGCUCCCGGAGGAGCUUCGCUCCUUCUCCGAGGCGCUCGCCAGGAAUCUGAAGCUGGCGAAGACGUUCGGCAUCGUCGUCGGCGCCUUCUUCGUCUGCUGGGCUCCGUACUUCGCCGUGAUGCUGCUGAGCGUGUUCGAGGUGCGACGGGAGCCGCUGGGGAUGCUGCGCGGGGUGGGACACGUGAUGGCCUGCUUCAGCUCGAGCGUUAACGUCUUCGUCUACGCCGGACAGAGCGAGGCAUUCCGCAGGGCGUUCAGGGCGGUGCUGGCCUCGCGUGGCGGAAACUAGAAGCGUCGAUAAAAAUGAAAUGAAAAUGAAAUGUGUCAUCGCACAUGGCGACGCACUUGGGACUUAUUAUUUAUGCACUUGGGACGAUUGCAAGCAAGCAGGCACUAUGUAGUUCAAGGUUUCGUUUAGUUUAAUAUUAGUUAUUUUUCACAAGCCAGUUAUUCAAGAUAGUGGCAUUCAUUCUAGCCACGUGCUGUUGGCGCGCACUCUGACAUGACAUCACCACGCAAAGAAGCAACGCACAAGGUAAACUUAA